GGCGAGCUCUCUGCCUGAAAAACUUACGCCAGCAUGGACAUGCUGUUCCUACUAAGUGGGUGUUUGAACUGCAUGCAAGGCUUGAGAGGUGUUACAUCAGGUGAAGGCGAUGCCGCCGGUGCAGCUGACGACAGUGCAAAGAAAGCGGAGAAUCCAUGGGCAUCUCCUCGUCAGGAACCAGUAAAUGGUAUUGUGCAACCGCGUGUAAUUCCUCCUAUGGGCAAGCCCACAAGGCACACAAAUCAGUUAGACUACCUCCUCAACACCGUUCUCAAAGAUGUCAUGAAGCACAAACACGCUUGGCCGUUCAACGUUCCUGUUGAUACGGUGAAAUUAAACUUGCCGGACUAUCACAAAGUGAUUCGCCGUCCGAUGGAUUUGAAGACUAUUCAGAAGCGGUUGCAAAAUAUUUACUAUUUUUCUGCUAAGGAAUGCAUGGAGGACUUUGAAUGUGUGUUCCGGAAUUGUUAUACAUUCAAUCAAAUGGAGGAUGACGUCACAAUAAUGUGCCAAAAUGUCGAGAAUGUGUAUAGGGAUUCGUUACAAAAUCUUCCCAGCGAGGAAGUGGAGAUAGCGAGACCGUCUUCGAAACGCGGUCCGAAGAGCAUGCGCAAAGGCCCCUCUCCCGCCCUUGGAGGUGCUCGCAAGUCUGCGUCAUUCGUUCGAGCAUCGAGGGAGUCGUCCAUCCAAAAGGGAGCCGCGGAUAGCUCGUCUGUAUUGGGAGACUCCGACGUUCCAAAUGUUGUCGAGGAAUCCUCAAGUGGAGCUACACUUGAUGUGCCGAUAAGCACGUCAACUCUACACCCUUUGAAAGUGCAGAAAGGUGUUAAGAGAAAGGCUGAUACAACCACUGGUGUGCUCAUCGAAGAAGACUCCGGAAAGGUGCCCCGUCGCGAGUCUUCACGACCAAUAAAGAAACCGGCACAUUUCAUCGACUACACUCAACUACCUCCAAGAUAUAAGGGCAAAGCGACAGAGUCGAUGAAAUUCUGCCAUAAGGUCCUUCAUGAGUUGAUGGGCAAGAAGUGCAAGUCUUUCAAUUGGCCGUUCCUUGUCCCAGUCGAUGUGGAAGGGAUGAAUUUGUCCGAUUAUUAUGACAUAAUACCGAAUCCAAUGGACCUUGGAACAAUAAAGAAGAAGUUAGAUAAUAAACAAUAUGCCAAUGCGCAAGAAUUCGCCGAGGACAUCAGACUAGUCUGCAAUAAUUGCUUCAAAUAUAAUCCUGCCACAGACAUCAUUCAUCAACACGGCCGAGCUCUUUUACAAGCUUUCAAUGAAAGAUGGGUAAAUCUACCGGUAGAUGAGGACGUGGCGGAUACAAAUGUUGUGGCUACUUCCUGCGAAGGUGCCGACGACGAAGACAAUCUCGAAAGUUACCUCAGCAGCUGGGAAAAUCUGAAGGAAAAGUCGCUUGGGUUUGCAGAAAAUAUCACCUCUCGCCUCACUGAGAUAAGAGAGUUGAAAAGCAAAGAUGCUCCGCAAAGUGCAAUUCUUGAAGCAGUAAAAUCUCUGGAAAAACUUUUGGCACAGACAUCAUCCUUUACUGUUCCGCCGUACACACCAUCUAAUACGAGAGCUCGUAGAGCUCCUGUUGUCACUCAUAUCAAGGAGGAUUCUCCACUGUCGAAUGGUCCAGCCACUUCUGUUUCAACAAUGCCGAGAAGAGAUCUAAAACGCCCAGCAACAGCGCACACCAGUUCUGAACCGGCAAAACUUUAUUGCGGUCGUGGACGUCGACCCGGAUCUAAGAACAAACCGAAAGCGGAAAGCUCUGCAAACGGAAAACCUUGGAAGGACGAUUACGAGUUUGAUUCUGGCGAUGAGGCUUCGCAUGAACCCAUGUCUUAUGACGAAAAGCGUCAGCUUAGCCUAGAUAUCAACAAACUACCUGGUGAUAAGCUCAGUAUGGUGGUCAGUAUCAUUGAGAGUCGGGAGGACUUAUCUGACAUCAGUCCAGAGGAGAUCGAGAUUGAUUUUGAGACCCUGAAAGCAGUCACACUUCGUGAUUUGGAGGCUUUUGUUGCGGCGGCUUUGAAACGAAAGCCACGUAAGACUGUCAAAAGUGACAAUGAAACGCGGAAGCGCGAAAUCGAGGACAAAAUCAAAAAGCUUGGUGGCACAGUGUCAACGCAACAGCCCAGCAAGAAUGGCGCAUCAACGGCGGAUGCAUCUCGACAUGCGGGAAAUCGUGCCCGUUCAUCUUCGGAAAGCUCAUCGGGUAGUUCGGGCUCAUCAUCCUCGUCCAGCAGUGACUCGUCUGAUUCAGAAUCAGAAGUGAUAUCGGAUGGAUCGAAAUCGAUGCGGAUGAAGUUUUCCAGAAAGUCAGGAAAUGUGCAGAUUGAAGAACCAGCGUCUUCAGUUGCUCCACGUGCUCCAAACUCAGAAAUUGUUGCGAAAACACAUCGCAAGAGUCCUCGACCUCGUCCUCCUCCGGUUUUGCCUGCUCGUCAGACGCGAAAGCGAAGUGCACGAAUUACAUUGCCUGUCCCUUCUGAGACAGCUCCAUCUACUAAUGAAGACCAAGCCGCUACUCUUUCCGCAACUACAUUGCUUCCCCCACCCCCGUCCUCUAAAGCUGCACCUUCGUCAAAAGCUGCAAGUCCCUUAUCUAAUACACCUUCUGCGGCAACGGAAGUACCGAGUGUGAAUCAGAAUGGAGACCCAGAAAAACUACAUGAUGAAUCAAACGAGGAUCCAUCAUCCGUAACUUCAGUCGCUGAUGUGUCUGUGCAUCUACGGUCUAGUAAUUCGAACUACUCUCGGUCGAGUUCUGUGCCUCCUUCUCCCGGCUUGAAAACUCGCACACAGAUGUCUCCUGAUUCUGGCCAUGGUAACCUUUCUGAAAUGGAAGAAUCCGCUCGUGUGCGCACUCGCAGUGCCCCUCCUGUACCUGUAACUAGUUGUAGCACUGUUCCUGUUGAAGAAUCGAUGAUGACUGCUGAAGCAAAGAACUUGGACUCACACGAACACUGUCCUGACGACUCCUCCCAUACAGAGCCCUCGCUUCCUAAAGGCAAAGCUAAACAUGUGACUGUGAAAAAGCGUGUCCCAGAAGCUAAGAAGAAUGCCUUGACGCAAACAAAGCACUUGUCCGAGGGUAGUCGAGAUGCACAUGCUCGUGCGACUUCAGCAGCAGUUUCAGAUAAAGGCGCGUCAGUAUUGGAUCAGUUACUUCCUUUGGACACCAAACUAAAAACCCCUCCAUCGGCAUCAGAUGUUUCAAUUCUCGACAAACUGCUCCCCGAUAGUGACAAGAGCGGCACUUCACCCUCGAAUAUUGCCGGGACAUCGAUUCUUGACCAGCUGCUCCCUCCAGAUCCAAGCGAAGUUCGUCCACCUUCAGCAGAUGGGCGUUCGCAUGCAAAGCCUGUUAAAGUUGUGAAGAAUGUCCCUGUUUUGGAGCACCUGCAGCCUCAUCCUACCUCUGUCAUGUCGAUGAAAGCAGCCGCACAACUGGAGCAGUUCAAACUUCAAGCCAAAAUCAAAGAGGAGAAGAGAAAACAAUUGCGAAUGGAUGAGGAACAGCGCCGUCGCGAAAGAGACGGUCAACGUGCUACUGGCGGAGGAGCCUUUGAAAAAGGGGAUGUUCACCGUCUUGAAACUAGGAGCGCAGCGGGCAUGGAGCGACAGCGGGAUGAAGUGCGCGACUCAGGCAGAGAGCAGCAGCGGGAAGGCCGUCGCGAUCACUCUCGUGACUCGCUUGGCGAACACUCUUCUGCUGGAGGUACUCCCGGAAGCAGUUCUUCGCCGAAUCAUAAUUAUGUGCUCACGCACGAAGGAGCGAUGCUCCGACGAAGAGAGCAGGAAAGAAGAAUGCGAGAAUUAGCAAAAGAUGUUGAUCUUACAAGCCAGAUGGAGUUGAUGGCAAAUUUCGAGGCCAGCUUUUAGCAAACGAUCUCCUUAGUGCCUAUAUAUCACUACAUUCUACGAGUCGACGUGAAGCCGGUGAACGCAGUUGCGAUUGCAUGUGAAUUUUUUCUUGAUUUAUUGAAGUUGUUUGCUUCUUUUCGCGACGAGUCCAGAGAGGGGAAGCUGUAGCGUAAUUGAACAAGCAUUUGCUGGAGUGCUGUUACCUUUUUCAUCUGAUGAGUUGCUGAGCCGGAAGGGAAAGAUUUGUUCCUCAGAGUGAGACGCUUAAGAAUUUAUCCACAGGAAUGGGAUUUAUGUAGCAAUACAUGCAGACUUGUUCUCUUACCGAUUAGUUUCUCCUAUUUGUGUAUCUUUACUACGGAAGGAAUUACCAGGUUUCUGUUUUUGUCAUUUUUCAGAGAUUGCUUCAGUGUAUUCUUGACUGAUUACGUGUCCGUAUAUUUUGUCGCGAUGUUUCGUACAUAGCUAUCGUUUCCUAAUAAUGCCGGAUUUCCAUCAAACCUCGCUCAUCUCGUCGAGGCUCUGAUAGCGAUUCUGCAGAUGAGUUAUAUCUCGUUCGUUUUUCAGUAUAAACCUCAUGAUUCCACAAAAAUUGUAUGUUAUCAAAUUUAGUAAGUCCAAUAUUCGUUAUGCAGCUGUUUGAUUAGCAGUCAAGAUAAAAACUAUAGGGUUGCUCCAUUUAUAAAUGCUUUUAUCGAGGCCAGCGCCGCGUAGUGCAGUCACACAUCUAAGCGGGAGCGUCACCGUACCGCAGCGUGCAGGGACCUUCUGCGCACAACAUCGCGCGCCUUGUUUUUAUCAUUGCAACUCGUGAUUUUCCGUUUUUGUAGCAGUAGACUGCCAUUUUUCUUGCUUCUGUGCUCACAUGCGAUCUGUCUUGAUACCGGGUAUGAUUUUUUUCGCAGGAAAGAGGUAUCAAGUUCUUGAGCGCUUUUCCUCUUGACAUCUUCCAUUUCAUCCAGGCCAUAUCGUUUAGUCCAGGCCAUAUCGUUUAGGUUUGAGUGAACAGCACCAACGCGCUUUUCACUCAAAUUGUUCUCUCAACCUGCACGAUAUACGAAUUACACCUCACAUAUUUACCUUCAGCUGCAAGCAGGAAGAGCACCAGCCGUU